AUAAGACACAUUGCCACUUUUUCAGUUAGCGUCGAGUUGAUCCAGUGCAUUGGUUAUCAUCAUAUGACUCCAUGACGUCCUCACACUCAAUCACCCUCACCCUCAAUCAGUAAGAUCUCACGUCUCUAACACUUUGGAAUUUCCUUUGGCGGGAGAUUUCAUUUUACCCCUCUCUUUCUGCUAGUCCAGACCAACUUUCUUAGGGCAAAUCUUCAUUUCUUCUCUCUCUCGCUGUACUUCAAUUUCCCGGUCAAGUUCCGUAGUAGUAAUUCAAAUCCUAGGUCAUGGAUGACGACGCGCCUCUAGCCUCCGAAAUUACCACUCGCCGCUAUAAAAGGGCUAGGGUUCAACCUCGGGGAGCUGGAGAUGAACCGAGCAAGGCAAACGGCAACGAUAGGGAGAAUCAAGAAAGGAGCAGCGAUGCCAGUGAUGGGAGCCCCAACCCAGAGGAGCGGGAGGGUUCUCCCGAUGAUUUCGAAGAAAUUCGUCCUAAAGCUAAGCGAAAUCGAGCUGCUGAGGGGACUUCUGAUGCCCCAACUGACGAGAGAUUAAUCGAGGUUAUCAAAGGUGAUGGUAAACGUAUUCCUCAAGCUGUUAAGUGCUGGGUGGAGCGAUAUGAGAAGAAUCCAAAACCUGCAAUGGUUGAACUCUUGAUGAUGCUUUUUGAGGCAUGCGGAGCAAAGUAUUAUAUCAAGGAAGAGUUUCUGGAUGAGACUGAUGUUGAUGAUGUUGUAGUUGCUCUUGUCAACCUCGCUCGAAAAGGGGAAGUUGAAGAUUACCAAAGUUCAAAAAGGAAGGAAUUCAGGAAUUUCAAGGAGAAUCUUGUUUCAUUCUGGGACAAUUUGGUUGUUGAGUGCCAGAAUGGGCCAUUGUUCGAUAAGGAUUUGUUUGACAAGUGCAUGGACUAUAUAAUUGCACUGUCAUGCACCCCUCCAAGAGUUUACCGUCAAGUUGCAUCAGUGAUGGGUCUUCAACUUGUCACAUCUUUCAUUUCUGUCACAAAAAGGCUUGCCGCACAGCGUGAUACUACUCAGAGACAGUUAAAUGCUGAAAGGAAGAAACGAGCUGACGGACCUCGUGUGGAGUCGCUAAAUAACAGGUUAUCGGCAACUCAUGAACAGAUACUUCUGAUGGAUGAGAUGAUGCGCAAAAUCUUCACUGGGUUGUUUGUGCAUCGAUACCGAGACAUCGAUCCUAAUAUUAGGAUGUCAUGCAUACAGUCUCUGGGCGUUUGGAUUUUGUCAUAUCCUUCAUUGUUCUUGCAGGAUCUGUACUUAAAGUAUCUUGGAUGGACAUUAAAUGACAAAAGUGCUGGUGUAAGAAAAGCUGCUGUCCUUGCAUUGCAAAAUCUCUAUGAAGUGGAGGAUAACGUGCCAACUCUUAGUUUAUUUACUGAAAGAUUUUCUAAUCGGAUGAUUGAGCUUGCUGAUGACAUUGAUGUUUCUGUGGCUGUCUGCGCCAUAGGGCUUGUAAAACAAUUACUUAGGCAUCAGCUUUUACCUGAUGAUGACUUGGGUCCUUUGUAUGAUCUACUUAUUGAUGAUCCACCAGAAAUCAGGCGUGCCAUAGGAGAAUUAGUAUAUGAUCACUUAAUUGCUCAAAAAUUUAAUAGUUCCCAAUCAGGCUCAAAAGGCAAUGACAGUGAGAUCCAUCUUGGCAGAAUGUUGCAGAUACUACGGGAGUUUUCAACAGAUGCCAUUUUAAGUAUAUAUGUUAUUGAUGAUGUCUGGGAGUACAUGAAGGCCAUGAAGGAUUGGAAGUGUAUCAUCUCCAUGCUCUUGGAUGAGAAUCCAUUAAUUGAGCUAACUGAUGAAGAUGCAACAAACCUUACUAGACUUCUCUUUGCUUCUGUCAGAAAGGCUGUUGGAGAGAGGAUUGUUCCUGCAUCUGAUAAUCGCAAGCAAUAUUUCAAUAAAGCUCAAAAAGAAAUAUUUGAAAACAACAGGCGUGAUAUAACUGUUGCCAUGAUGAAGAACUACCCUUUACUUCUACGUAAAUUCAUGGCUGACAAGGCAAAAAUUUCAUCAUUGGUUGAGAUUAUUGUGUAUAUGAACCUUGAGCUUUAUUCUCUGAAGAGACAGGAGCAGAGUUUCAAAACAGUUCUUCAGCUCAUCAAAGAUGCAUUUUUCAAACAUGGUGAGAAGGAUGCAUUGAGAUCUUGUGUGAAGGCUAUUAAAUUCUGUUCCACUGAAAGUCGAGGAGAGCUGCAAGAUUUUGCUCGUAACAAACUAAAAGAUCUUGAAGAUGAGCUUCUUGAUAAACUUAAAUCUGCAAUUAAAGAAGUGAUUGAUGGUGAGGAUGAGUAUUCUCUUUUUGUAAAUUUAAAAAGAUUAUAUGAGCUUCAAUUGUCAAGGCCUGUAUCAAUUGAAAGCUUAUAUGGAGAUAGUAUCACAAUCUUGCAUAGCUUCAGAAACUUGGAUGAUGAAGUUGUUAGUUUUCUGCUGCUCAAUAUGUACUUGGAUGUGGCCUGGUCUUUACACUCCAUUAUAAAUAGUGAAACUGUCACUGAAGGAUCCUUAUCCUCUCUCCUGUCUAAACGAGAUACCUUGUUGGAGGAACUUGAGUACUUUCUCAAUGCCCCUCCAGAAGUUAGGGAAGGGGGCAAAUCUGGAAAUCAACUAGCCUGCAGGGUGUGUACUAUACUAGCAGAUGUUUGGUGUCUGUUUAGGAACACUAAUUUUUCGCCAACCAAACUUGAAAGAUUAGGAUAUUGUCCAGAUGUCUCUAUUCUUUACAAGUUUUGGAGGCUUUGUGAGCUACAGCUCAAUAUUUCAGAUGAGACAGAAGAUGAAGAUGUUAACAAAGAGUAUAUCGAGGAGACAAAUAGAGAUGCAGUCAUGAUUGCUGCUGCAAAGUUAAUUGCUAGUGAUACAGUUCCAAAGGAUUAUCUUGCUCCAGAGAUAAUUUCUCAUUUUGUGAUGCAUGGAGCUGGCAUUGCAGAGAUUGUAAAGAGUCUGAUCACAGUUCUGAGGAAAAAAGACGAUGAUGUCUCCGUCGUCUUUCUAGGAGCAUUGAAAACGGCCUACCAUCGACAUGUUGAAUGUACCAAAAGUGAUGAUGUAUCCCUAAAGAGCCAGUCUUUUCAGGAAUGUAAGAACCUGGCUGCUCGGCUUGCUGGAAUGUUCAUUGGUGCUGCUCGGAACAAGCACAGACCAGAGAUUUUAAAGAUUGUUAAGGAAGGCAUCGAGCAUGCCUUUGAAGAUGCUCCAAAACAGCUGUCUUUUCUGGAGGCUUCUGUGCUUCAUUUUGCAUCAAGACUUUCUUUGCCUGAUAUCCGAGACAUUCUGAAGGAUGUCCAGAAGCGGACCGAGUAUGUAAAUACAGAUGAGGAUCCAAGUGGGUGGCGCCCCUAUAAUACCUUUUAUGAUAGUUUGCAAGAGAAGUGUGCAAAGACUGAAGGGAUUCAAGAUGAGAAGGAACUGAUUACUGCAAGACGUAGGGGUCGUCCUCGGAAGCGGCGAAAUAUUGAGGGGAAGAGACUUUUUGACGAGCACAGUUCAAGUGAAGAAGAGGAUUCAAUUAGCACAUCAGACCAAGAGAAUGCUCAAGGUGAGGGAGAUAAGGAAGUUGAGGAGGAAGAGGAUGAUGCUCCUUUGAUACAUUCACUUAAGUCCUCAUCUAAGUUGAGGUCAUUACGAGUCUCAAGAGAAGAAAACAGAGGCCAUUCAAGGGCUGGAGCUUCUGGAAGAGCUACAGAUAAUUUAGCUGCUUCAAGGAUGUGAGGGACAUCCAACUAGAACAAACUAGGUGUAGCUGAUCUUGUAACCGAUCAGUGUAUCUACACUUCAUAAUGCCCCGCCUGUUAGAAUUUUCCUUUAUUUAGCAGAGCUUCAAUAUCCAACACCCCCUGCCUUAAUUAAUCCUUGUAUGCUGUAUAUAAUGAAGAGAUUCACAUUUCUUGUCAUCUGGCUUUCACCGCCUUUGGUAGUAGUGAACUUGCAUAGCAUGGCGAAAUGGGUCAUUGCUCCGCGGCUGACUGUAACCAUUAUGUUUCAUACAAAGGUAAUUACCGGUCUCCAAAUUUUAUGACAAGCAUAUGCAGAAGCUGGAGCAGCCCAGUUUUCAAAUC